CAACAAUUAGGUCAACUCGACUGGAUUAAUGUGAACGACCAGGAUGACUUUCUUCAUCUACAAACCUUGAUGUGACGUGGUAGAUUUAUUUGUCCAAUGGACUGUUCUAUAGAGAAGCCGUAGAGCUGAGACCCUCAGAGUUUCAUGCUAACUGCGAGUAUAGGCCUACUUGUCUGCUGAAAACUUGUGACUGAGAUUGAGGAAAAUGGCGUCGGAUCCAGUAGAACUCGCAAGACCACCCCAAGACCAGUACGCCUCUUCCGCAAGGUCCAAGAAGAUAGAAUGGAGAUUCCGACAUUUUAUAGUCGGCCUCGUCUUCUUCGCCACGAUUCAUUUCCUUCUACAGAGGUCACCAAGACUGGACAUGCAGACAAAGGUAAUCGUGCCUGCCCCAAGUGCACCCCACAUCCACCGCAAAGACACGAGUAUUCAGCCCCACAUAUCAAGUAGAACACCUCGCCUGGCAACCACCUCCAUGCCUGACUGCGUGCCAGCGUCGAACGCGUCCUGUGUUCAUCAGUCCGACGGUCGAAGUAGAACACCACGCCCGGCAAAGGUGUACGCGCCUGCCUCUGUGGCAACUUCGAACGUAUCCUGGAUAUUCAAUGCUGAAGAGAUUAGAAAAGUCAGGAAUGCUACCGCAAUACUGCAUCCUGACGUCAGACUUCAAACGCACACGUUGGGGAACUGCCAAAAGAAAGCAAGAAGACGACGAAGAUCUUGUCAACCGGCACCGUUCAAUCAUACCGUUGGCAAUCACACAACAUGCGCCGUGGUGGGCAACAGCGGCAUCUUGUUGGGAAGUCACUGUGGCGCUGAAAUUGAUUCGAAGGAUUACGUCAUACGAAUGGACGUUCCAGCCAUCAGAGGGUUCGAAACAGACGUUGGUAGGAAGACAAACAUGACAAUUCUGAACGUCAGCACGCCCAAGCGGAUACGAGAUUCAUCCGGAUUGGAAAACAGGACUCAGGAUGUGUACGAGAGUCGUCUGAGAGACAUCAAUGGCACAGUUCUAGUUGCAGGUGCAAGAGAGCGUGUUGUCUUAAAGGCGGCAAUGACGAAAUAUGACAAUCAGUUUUCUUUCAUUUUGUUGACCUGCAAAGAGAGUUUUAAAUUCGCCCCUUUUAUUCACAGGAUCGCGUCAGCGGUAUCACGGAGAUACCGCACCCCGGGUCCCCCUUCCACCGGCCAGACGACCGUUCUCACCGCCACCGCGUUCUGUGACCAGCUCCACCUGUACGGCUUCUUCCCUUUCCAACGGGAUGAGAACAAGAGACCCGUGCCGUACCACUACUACCCGGACGAUUACAUCGAGCCUAUUAUACAAUCCACAAGACACAACAUGGGCAAGGAGUACCGGUUCUACGAACACCUUCAAAAACGACGGGUUUUGAAACUUCACGUUGGAAAAUGUGGCAUACACUGAAGUGAUAGGAUAUUGGAGUAAUUAUAUAAUUCUUUUUGGACCGCUGGAGCACCGGUCCAGAAAACUGGACCUGAAAAAAAUCAGUAGACUGGAUGCUGGACCGAUUCGAAAAUGCAUAGAUUAUUUCGGCAGGCGUUCGAGUGUUUUGGGGCUUACAGGUCCAAGAAAAGAACACGACCGAAAUAGAUGAGAAUUGAUAGUCAUGUUAAGCCUAAGUUGUUCUAAAACAGAGGCAGUUAGUUAGUUUGUUUGUUUGUUUUAUUUGGAUCUCCAUUAGUGAUACUAAAGCAACAAAUCUUAUACAAUAAGUAAACAGAAAACUAACAAAAUCAACUGAGGUAACUCAGAGUGAAGGUUGGAGAUCAGAGGUCAAAUAAAAAUGCCAUAACUUAGGUUUUGUAUGCAGAACGUGAAUAAAACAAUCAUUAACAAAACAUAAUUGAUUCUAACAAACUGAAUAUGCAUUAUGAAUAUAAGUACAAAGUAAAGUAGUCGUAAUGAUAAUAAAUAAUAUAAUGUAAACACCUAUACAUAACUGAGAAUGACAUUAGCAACACUAUAAACCAAAGUAAUCCAAAACAACAGCAACCGCUGAAUGAAAUAAAGGUAAUAUAAAAGAA